AUGUCUCCUGACACCAAACUCUACAGGCAUCGCUGCCUCCGUGGCUCGUGUCCUGACAGAUGGUCCAAAUUUCCUAACCACAAAGAAGACCAGGACAACCUGGAAGAAAUCACUUCGAAGGAUCCAAUCGUUCACCGACACAUCUUCAGCGACCAUAAAUGGGAGACUGAAUCUUUCACCAUCCAUAGCCCUCUCAUGCAAGGAGUGCUCUCGACUGUCCUGGAAAGAUAUCAGGACCUUGAUCUUGAACUCGAGAAAUGGACUUUCAAACCACCAUUCAUGCCUCUGAUCCACCGGUGGGACCGCCUUCUGUCUCUGUGCGAUGAUCAAGGCAAAGAGCCUGUACCAGAGGCUUCGACUCAACUUCUAGAAUUCCUAACCCCGAUCCUGGCACCCAAGGUUGACGCACUUGUGAAGACCCGCAAGACUGGAAACGUCAUGUUCCAGGACCUGUGGCAGAUCUUUGCUCCACAUGAAUUUGUGAUGACAAAGUUCUACGGUGUCGAAGCUGUAUGCCGUGUCACGAAAUACAAACUCGUGGAACCAAACUUCGCACCUCCAUACUGGGAGAUCUAUCUGGAGUAUAUUGACUGGAAUGGUAAUCGUUGUGGCUAUGCGAACACCAUGACUGUCAUCCCGGAAUUCUCUGCCUAUCGACGAGUCACCUCGCUGCCUGCCUACCCCUUGUCUUUCCACAACUCCGCUUCCAAGAUUCGAGAGCAGAUGAUUGAACGAGGCCGAAAGUUUGAGGCCUUGCGUGGUUAUCACUUCCAGGCCUGUUCCGGAACCAAGAUUCUAUUGCCUCCUGGAAAGUCAGAGGAGCGACCGGUCUCUGGUCGAGUCAUCGUUGACGCUCACGCUUACUAUUUGACCAAUGAUAUUGUGAAACCUGAUCUCGCGCCCCUAAUCGGGGACGGUGAAGCCAAUCAACCCCAGAAAUCGGACGAGGCUGAGAAACGAGGCAAAAAGAAUUCCAAAAAUCGCGGCUGUGACGGCUGGGGCUGUACAGAUGGCUUAUGCGACUUCUGCCGCAACGAGGACGAGGACGACAAUGAUGACACUGAUACUUCUGAUGAACGCAAUACGCCUGUGGUGGAAGGUAACGCAGAAAUGACGGUGAAAGCACCAAACGAUGCUGCAGGGCGCUCUGAGACGCUUGACGACCUGACUGACGACAUGUGUCUCGUUGCGACUCCGUGGGUGAAAGGCUUUGACCUCAAGACCAAGGAAUGGGCCCAGUUCUAUGUGGACAGUAUAACCCCCGUAGUGUGGAAUGAUGCCGCAUUCAAUCACCUCGUGCUCCCCGGGACAGAGAAACAGCUUGCUUGGGAGUUUGUGGAGAACAAGACACUCGCCAACAGCUUUGACGACUUUAUCCAAGACAAAGGUCGUGGUAUCAUAAUUCUCAUGUUUGGUCCACCUGGUGUAGGAAAGACCUAUACGGCAGAAGCAGUUGCUGAGAAGGCACGGGUGCCGCUGUACUCCAUGAGCGCUGGAGAUCUCGGAACCGUGCCAAAAGAGGUCGAACUCGCCCUGGAGCGAGCACUCACCCUCUGUGGUCUCUGGAAUGCUAUGCUUCUACUUGACGAAGCUGACGUAUUCCUCGGUGCUCGCACUGACAGUGACCUGGCUAGGAAUGAGCUUGUAGCUGUCUUCCUCACGAAGCUAGAGUACUACACGGGAGUCUGCUUCCUCACGACGAAUCGAACAGCCAGCAUCGAUACCGCAUUCCAGUCUCGCGUAGAUCUCUUCCUUCCUUACAAGGACUUGACUUUUGAAGCUAGGAAGAAGGUUUGGCAGAACUUCAUCAAUCGCGCUGGCGGUGCUCAAGUUGAGAUUCCAGACGAGGAUAUGAACAAGCUGGCUGAGAUGAAGCUGAAUGGCCGAGAGAUCAAGAACCUGAUCAAGAGCGCUCAUCUACUGGGUCUCAAGAACGGAGGUGUCAUCCAGGUAGACCGGCUCUUGAUGCUGGCUCGGAAUCGGGUUGCUGCUCUUGGGGAGUUGAAAAACAACUGA